AUGUCGACCUCGUCGCGCAGCCUCAGCUCCUCCCCCGAUGUCCUGGGUCCACCAGGCGACGCGCAGUAUCUAAUUUCCUCACCAAUCAAGCCAUUCGACGGGCGCCAAAGCUUCAUGUCUCCGAUGGUUGGAAGAUCAGGCUCCAGGGCCCGAACCCCGGCCAAACGAUCGCGAUCGCGCGUCAGCCUGAGUCCCGCGAAGAGCGCGCAUUCGAUCCAAUUCAACGAUGUCAUACUCCCCGGUUCGCCGACAAUGAAAUUCAAUGGAGGUCGCCAGAGGUCUAUCUCCCCGGAGAAGCUCCUGCAGGAUGGAAAUGUCAGCCCGUGGCGCAUUCGCCUCACCCUCGAGGCGACGCAAGAUGAAGACGAGAACCACGGUAGCCCGUCGCGCAAACGAAUCAAGCCCUCAACCGUCACGACGAUGAUACCUUUGAAAGAUGAGAGGAGCCCAUUGAAGGAAAAGACACCCUUGCGGCGAAGAGGCCGCCCACGCAAGUCCGACUUGGCUGUUUCUCCUUUCCCCAACCUCAAACAAACACCACGCGCUGGGUAUACCCCUGGACCUGGAGACACGCCUGGCCCGGGGCACACACCGGGUCCAGGACAUACACCGGGUCCAGGGCAUACACCGGGUCCAGGGCAUACACCGGGUCCAGGGCAUACACCAGCCCUGCGUGCCCAAGAAUCCCAACCGCGAAAACGAGGCCGUCCAAGAAAGCAGGAUUUCCAAAUGGUCGAGGACCAACCAACUCCGACCGUGGAGCAUACUGAGACUUUCAGUCCGAUGGACAUUGUUCCGAAUAGUGAUGUGGUUGUAGAUGAACAGCUCAGCCCGAUGGACACCAAUGCCAGUGACACUGGUCUGGAGCAACGAUUCAGUCCAAUAAACGAGGACUCACAUGAAACUCGUUUGGAUCAACAUCAUCAGAGCCCCAUGGAUAUUGCCAACAGUGACGCAAUUCAGCGCGAAUCUUUUAGUCCCACGGACUCGUUCGCUGGAAGUAAUGCCCAUGCUAGUCCAAUCGACCUGGUUGGUGGUGGUGGUGCCGACUCUGACGACGAUUCCUGGGGUAACUCCGAGCUGUCUAUCGCAGACCUGCGUGACCCGACAGAGCACAUCCCUGAAAACAUCGAGCAAAAUCGCCGUGAAUACGGCCGAACAAGCCUGGAAACUCCUGUCAUCGGAGCUACAGAACAUCACUUCCUUGAUGACGAAAACAUUCACUCUACUCCAUCCAAAAUGCCUUCACCUACACGCGAAAGAGCAAUUCAAUCAUCCAGAUCUUCUCACAACACCAGCCCACAAUCAGGCACAUAUCCCACCCCUACACCUACCUCCUCGCUAGCAGAUGAAGAGAAUGCAGCCCAACAACAUGGCACUGAUCAGCAAUCGAGCACAGGUGCUCAACAUGCUGAGCCGGAACCAAUCGAGGAUUCCAAUGAUGAUCAUGAAGAAUACGAAGAAUACGACACCAUCAUGGAAAGUGAGGGCUUCACUAUGAUCUCGCUUGAUACACUUCCGUCAGCUAAGCAGCACGGCUUUGGCUCAAGCGCCCAGACCAAUCACCCUACGCAGAAAGAAGUUGGAGAUCGUUUGAAACGCAAGCUUCCUGGAACCAUUGAAGACCUGCGAAUCAAUUCCCGUGCGCGAAAGUCCUCCAGUCCAGUCAAAACAAGCCUGGCUCCAGAGAGACACGCUGGAGUUAAAAGUAACCCCACUGGCUAUGUUCCUGCUCAUACAAAUGGCGAAUACGCUGCCAAUUAUGUCAAGGAAGUCACCUACCCUGACCUUUUUUCCUUAUCAUCCCCCGCAAAGCCAGCUCCCGUCCCAAAGAAGAGGACAUUGACGAGUUUGGCCAAACUUGUUCGAGUUGCGCUUGCGCUGAAAGGCCCGUUCGGUCCCCAGGCGCACGAGUGGUCUGGCGGCCACAAUGCUCUACACAAGCGACAACGUCUAGAAGGCAUGUUCGGCACUUUCAGACCAGAAACGCAGCGAGAACUACGAAUCGCAAUGAGACUUGGACAAGAAAUCGCCACACGUCGAAUGUUAGCAGACGAAAAGGAGGCCAUGGCGAUAGCAGCAGAACGAGCAGCAUCUCAUGCCGAGGAGCAGCCCGUUUACGCCGAUUUUUCGGACGUUUCAGAACAAUUCGAGCAAGAUCAAUCACUGGAAGAGGAGUUUGAAGCGCAACCCUUUCAGAGCGCUGCAAAGAGUCAACAAAGUUUCUUACAGUCCCCGUAUUUCAAGACGGGAGGCACUAUGCAGCAGAGUCCGAUGUCUCAUCAAAAACGACAGCGGGAGACUGAGUGGCAACUCGAACGAGAGGCGGUCAGCCGCCAAGCUGAGAUGCAGUCAAACUCGAAGUCUGUAGUCUACAUCAACAGCGAUGGCAGCGCGCCAGAAGAGGAAUUUGAUCAUCCGGAAGCUGGACUUGCAUAUGAGGAACCUCUAGCUGGAUCUGAGGAGCCCGAGGAUCUCGAACCUGAGAUUUUGUCUGAGUCGACACCUCAUGUUGAAACGGCACCUGAAAUCGAGCCAGAGGACGAAGACGAUGAUGGCUAUGAUGAUAUCUGGCAACUUGAAGCCAACGACCACAGCCAUGUUCAGCACUCCGAGGAUGAAGACAUGCAAACUGGUCCUCCGGAACCCCCAACACCUCUGGGAAGCCUGAAACCUGUCCCUGCAGGCCGGGAACAGCUGAGUUCGUCCCCCAGUGUAGCGUCAGAACAUGAGUACGUCGCACGUUAUGGUCGAUCCAAAGUGCGCGAGCUCCGCGAGCAGCAGGUUGACCUAUCUGCCCUGCUGGCGGAGGAAGACACACCAAAUCGCGCACGAUACUAUAACGGGACCAGUACCCCCCGAAGCGUGAUAAGCCGUCAAUUAGGACCACAGCCCUCCCCACUCAACAGCUCUGUGAAGCAACCGGUGUCGCGUACACCUGCACAGGUCAGGCUGCAACCUCUUUCCCAGUCCAGCCCUGAAGUUGGUAGUCCACAAAUGUCCUUCCAAGAAUGGGAAAAUUCUCCAGGGGACAUGCAUCAGCAUUCACCUGACGGACAGCCUGUGGAUAACGGCCGUACUAUGAGUCCUACUGUCGCUCACAAUCAACCGGAACCUCCUCAACCGGACUCUUCAUUCACUCCAGGACCCCGUCAGACCAAGGAAGACCCUCCUGGUUCUUCUUGGUACUCACGAAUCACCAGUCUUACGCCACAAUGGUUGAAAGCCCCCACUCGUGCUCGAAGCUCGAGUAUCACAACCAUCCCAGAAGAGCAAUCUGACUCUGAGCACGAAGAGGAGUUGGCCAGCGUUGAAUCUGCCAAGGAACUCGGUGGUCAACUCCGUGACGAGCCGCUCUCGCGGGAAGCGAGUCAGUCGCCCGCGAAUCACUGGAAGCAAGUGUCUCAGUCUCCCCAGAUGCCUCCAUCUCCCGAAGCACGGCAGUAUGUUCAGCCUACAACGGAAACCAAAGAAACGCCUGCAUAUGAGAGAGAGUUUUCUGAAGACAAUAUUGGCGAGCCUGAGGAACAGGUGUCUGAGAAACCGGUGUCUGAGCGGAUUGCUUCGCUGGACGUCUAUGAAGACGAGGCUAGAAAUGCAGUUGCCCCUCAAGUCCAGGCGCCUUCCGGCCCACGACCACUUGCCACGUUUGGGUACUUCUCCGAUGAUCAUUACAUUGCUCUUCGUCGGGUUUACCGCGUCGCCAAGCAAUACCCUGAGCAGUUCGAAUACUACGAUGCCCCAGGGCGGGCAGCCAUCAUCGGUGAUUGGAUAUGGACUUCAGAUGGUCAUCACGGGGUACCCAUCACUGAGAUUCAAUUUGCUAUCAUUGAUCGCUUUGCCCAAGAGCUGUCCCGGGCUGACAUCCAAUAUGGCGGCAGUGGACGGGUUGAUUGGACCGAAGCGGAUCUGCAUCGUCGAUUGAUCAGUGUCAUCAUUGGCGAGCAGAUCCGAGGGGAGCGAAAGGCCAAGGCUAACCGGGGAACUUCGGUGGAUACAUGGCGAUGA